AGAGGGAGCGCCUCGCCGCGGAACAGUUGCCUGCGCGCCCUCGCCGGACCCGCGGCUCCCUUGUUGCGCGUCGACAGGGCCCAGUCUCUGCUGCGGGCCGGCGGGCUUCCGCGCCCCCUUGGUUCCUGGGUGCAUCCCAGUGCUGCUCAGACUUGGGCACCCAGACACGGGCUCCAGUGACCGCUUCGGCUCCGAUUCCCUGCGCCUGCCGGACGCGCCCAGUAGGAGCCCGCAGCUCUGUACCGGAUUGUCUACCCAGGCUUAACCCGGUCGCUCCGCUUGGAUUCCUCGGCUGCCCUUGCUCUGGUGGCGACUUCCUCUUCGGGCCCCCUCCCCCUCGUCAUGAAGAAGUCGAUUGGAAUAUUAAGCCCAAGAGUUGCUUUGGGGACGGCUGGAAGUGCAAUGUCUUCCAAGUUCUUCCUAAUGGCCUUGGCCAUAUUUUUCUCCUUCGCCCAGGUUGUAAUAGAAGCCAAUUCUUGGUGGUCGCUAGGUAUGAAUAACCCUGUUCAGAUGUCAGAAGUAUAUAUCAUAGGAGCGCAGCCUCUCUGCAGCCAACUGGCAGGACUUUCUCAAGGACAGAAGAAACUAUGCCACUUGUACCAGGACCACAUGCAGUACAUCGGAGAAGGCGCGAAGACAGGCAUCAAAGAAUGCCAGUAUCAAUUCCGACAUCGGCGGUGGAACUGCAGCACUGUGGAUAACACCUCCGUGUUUGGCAGGGUUAUGCAGAUAGGCAGCCGCGAGACGGCCUUCACGUACGCGGUCAGCGCCGCGGGGGUGGUCAACGCCAUGAGCCGCGCGUGCCGCGAGGGCGAGCUGUCCACCUGCGGCUGCAGCCGCGCCGCGCGCCCCAAGGACCUGCCCAGGGACUGGCUGUGGGGCGGCUGCGGCGACAACAUCGACUAUGGCUACCGCUUCGCCAAGGAGUUCGUGGACGCGCGCGAGCGGGAGCGCAUCCACGCCAAGGGCUCCUACGAGAGCGCGCGCAUCCUCAUGAACCUGCACAACAACGAGGCCGGCCGCAGGACAGUGUACAACCUGGCCGACGUGGCCUGCAAGUGCCACGGGGUGUCCGGCUCCUGCAGCCUCAAGACGUGCUGGCUGCAGCUGGCUGACUUCCGCAAGGUGGGCGACGCCCUGAAGGAGAAGUACGACAGCGCUGCGGCCAUGCGGCUCAACGGCCGAGGCAAGCUGGUGCAGGUCAACAGCCGCUUCAACUCGCCCACCACGCAGGACCUGGUCUACAUCGACCCCAGCCCCGACUACUGCGUGCGCAACGAGAGCACGGGCUCGCUGGGCACACAGGGCCGCCUGUGCAACAAGACGUCCGAGGGCAUGGACGGCUGCGAGCUCAUGUGCUGCGGCCGCGGCUACGACCAGUUCAAGACCGUGCAGACGGAGCGCUGCCACUGCAAGUUCCACUGGUGCUGCUACGUCAAGUGCAAGAAGUGCACGGAGAUCGUGGACCAGUUCGUGUGCAAAUAGUGGGCGCCCCGCCGCCCGCCUGUCACCCAGCCCCGUUCCCAGGACCCACUUAUUUAUAGAAAGUACAGUGAUUCUGUUUUUUUUUUUUUUUUUUUUAAUAUUGUUUUAUUUCCCCCCAAGAAUGGCAACCGGAACCAUUAUUUUUCUGUUCCCAUCUAAGAACGCUGUGGUUUAUUAUUAAUAUUAUAAUUAUUAUUUGGCAAUAAUGGGGGGUGGGAACCAAGAAAAUAUUUAUUUUGUGGAUCGUUGAAAAGGUAAGACAAGACUUCUUUGGAUGGUGUAGGAUGAGGGGGAAAUGACACAUACCCUGACUUAGUGUGUGCACGUCUAGAAGGAAAAGGAACUAGUUUUCUUUUUCUUAGCCGUGGGGACACACAGGACAGGUAGCAUCCAGCUGGAAGAGGGUGGUCCAAAUCUAUGCUCAGUUCAGCCUCUGUGACGAAAACGAAUUGUAAAUGCUCUGGUGAAAGGUCUUGAGAAACAAACAAACAAAAUAUGAGACUCCCUUUCCCAGCCUGAAACAUGUUCAAAAUGGUAAUUGAAAAUACAAGAGUGAGAGUCUCAUAUCCCUGAAAGAAAAAACGUAUAUCAUGUGUCUCAUGCUUCUCAAACAUUCCAUGUGUAGAUGGUCCUAUUCCAACAGCUACUGAAACUUGGGGAGCAAGGAGGAAAGCCUCAGAAAUUAAAAAAACUUAAACUCCCAGAUGAAGACAAUGAUUGGAAGCGGUUGUAGGAAUUAGAUUAUCCAGUUGAGAAAGCAUCCCCCAAAGACUCUGGGCUGUAGACUUUUUGUUUGGAAAGGGGUGAGGGAGGUUGGCUUGGAUAUAAAGGAAAAUAUACUGUAAUUUUCUUAGGGAGACUUGGUUAAUAAAUGAUAAUAAUCAAAAUAAUAAAUGGAUUCCAUUCACAGACCCUCCGCCCAAACAACAAGGUAAUUGCAUGUAGUUCAGCUCUGCGCCAGAGCAGAAAACCUAUUUGAGGGGGAAGAGUGAACCCCCGCUCCCACUUGACCCCAAGCCCUGUCAGAUUCCUCCUUGCCCCUCGGAGGAGGUGAGGCUGGCCACGUGGCCAAACAGCAGCCCCACUGGGUCCCCUUUGAUUGCAGGACAGGAGGUGAACCAUUAGAAGCCCCACUUGAAAAACAGUUAGCUACUUAGGUAUUUUUUCCCUAAAACUUUUAUUCUGAGGAGCCCUAGUUUUAUAUGUUUUAAUAACAUUACUUGGCCAAUGGAGUUCACAGAGAUGUUGCAGCUUCACUGUCACGAUCCUGUGUUUAGACUCUCCACCCCAUGCUUUUCCUAUUAUACUGCAGGUGAACCCUAAAACUGUUCCUAGUGUACUUGAACAGUUACAUUUAUAAGGGGGGGAGGGGAAUGUGGUUUAAUGGUGCCUGAUAUCUCAAAGUCUUUGUACAUAACAUAUAUAUAUAUACAUAUAUAUAUAAAUAUAAAUAUUAUUAUAUCUCAGUGCAGCCAGUGAUUUGGAAUUACACUUUACUCUGGGGUUAUUUCUCUGUCUAGAGAGUUGUUGUCCUUCAUAGCAAUCCAUUGGGAUUUUUCCAAAGGGUUUUCGAGUUGAGCUUGGGCUGUGGCCCUGAUAUGAUGUACCUUGAGCAUCACAAAACAGCCUCAUUUUUGAGGACUCUGGAAGGCCUUCCUCCCUGAUAGGCAUGUUGGUGUGAAGAUUUAUUUUAUCUUCCCCGCCCCACCCCCUUUUCUCCAACCUCCAUUUCUGUACCUUUCCCUGAGGGCAUUACUCUUUCGUCAUAGACUUGGAAAUGAAGAGAGAUUCAGAAUUCGGAAGCAUGGUCAGCGUUUCUCUUUCCUUGGUUCAUUCUGCAGAGUGGAAACCGGGUGCCUGGUAGAUGUCGUGGUACCUAUUUGAGUCCCUAAGGAAAAUCCAGUUCAUGACAUAAACAGCUAGUUCAUUUUUUUUUUUUUUUUUAAACAGGACUCCUCUUUCCAAAAAGUGCCAUCAACCGUGUUCUUAUCUCAGACGGACAUGGUUUUAGAAGUUUGGAAAGACACCUAUCUCCUGCGACCUUUGUCGGCUCGGUGGUCUUCACACCGCUUCAGCCGUCUGUGGCUCUUAAUUUAUUGCACAAGGAUAUUCACUUCCCCUCAGUUGCAGUGAAUUGCAAGCAAAGAUCUUGAAAUUAAAAAGCACUAAUUAGUUUAAAAUGU